UGUAGUUUGUAUGAGUUCAGGGAUGUAUGUUUUAAUAUUUAUUUACAUUUAUCAAGUUUUUGUUGUGUCUCCCUGGUAGCGAAAUAUGGAAAUUGCAGAAGAGGUAAAAUAUAUUCCGCAUAAGCUAAAAGCUAAUGAUAAAAGUUCGGUGUGGUAUUACUUUUUGGUUCCUGCUAGUGGGGGUCCGACAGCGCAGUGCAAAAAGUGUAAUAAAGUUUUAAAGACCUGUUUCGGAUCCACUAAAGGACUUUUAACUCAUUUAAAGUACCAUAAAAUAGAAUUGGAGAGAAAGCCUAACAAACCAGCAGUUAAGAUGCCAGCAAAAAGGAGUCUUAUAUGGAAUCAUUUCGAGAAUAAAGACACAAAUAAUGCUACUUGCAAGCAUUGCUGGACCCAAAUAAAUUUCAACGGCAGCUCGAUAGGUAAUUUAAGGCGCCAUUUGAAACUGCAGCAUCCAUUAAUUCCUAUGCAUGACAAAACUUCAAAUAGGAAUGACGAUGAUGGAAGCACACUAGAUGAAGAACUAAUAGAUCGAGAAGAGAACCCAACACAAAGCGAACAGGAGCUGGAAGUGGGGCAAUCAGAAGUAACUAAAGUACCUACACUUAAGCCAAAAUAUGAGAUAAUUAACGGAAAAGUAGCUUCGGCCAGUCCAACGCGAAGUAUUAAUUCAUCAACAGAAUUCGAUUGCGACAUAAGCAAUUUGUACGAAAAACAAAUUGAGUUUGUAGAUGGCUAUUUAGUGAAGGAUCCUUUCAUUAACGAAGACAUUCAGCACGAUGAACCAAGGCCCCCGAAAGUCAGUAGACAAGAAAAUUCAUUUCAAAGAAACCAACAUUUGCAUGAUCUAAAGACCCGCGUCGAAAUACAGUUCAUGCGCGCCAAAACUGCCUAUUUUAAAAAACACACAGAGAAUCUUGACAUUGAACGCACCGUGCUGUUACUGAAAGCUAAAAAGCUCGAAUUGGAAGUAGAAAAAUUGCGUAAUGAGACUGCUCGUAGAGUAACAUCUACUGAACAAAUUUAAGUCAAAUAAUUUAGUUUAAGAAUAAUUAUAUACUAAGUGGUUAGUGUUAAAUAAAUAAUAAAUAACUAAUAUACUAAUAACAAAGUCUACCAGAA